GCUUCGGGGACCUUGAGUCCAGAAUUGCAGGCACACCUCGACCGCCUUGCACCGAUGAUCAACCGUUCGUGUCAGGAGAUACGCAGUACUGUGAAUCCAACAGAUAAGCAGAUCAAGAGCGUCGUUCACAAUAUCAUCAAUGACCUGUUGGCGUGUGGGCUCGCGUAUAAGGACACCGUUCGCUCAUGUGACUCCUUCGGGCCCCACCCCAGAAAUCGUUGGGGCGCGGGCCUGGACGCCCUGGACGUACACGUUUUGCUAGGCAAGAUCUUGAGAAUCGGAUGGAUGCAAUCGCAAACGGCAGGAGCUUUAGCUAUGGAAGUUGGCACUGGCGACCAAUUCGAGAAACAAUGGCAGUUCCAAGAGAAGCUCGUGAGCAGGAGCGACGGGAUGCUGGCGAAAUUGCACAAACAUGAUUUGCGGUACCUGACACUGGCUGGCAGCCACACCAUCGCUGGCGUCAGGGCGGUGAAGCACGGCUGCAAAACUACCUUGGACGAGUACGCUGACAGCGAGGGCAGGCUUUCAAGAGACAAAGUAGUUGCGAUGUGUAAGUCGUAUGAGCUUCCGUUAGAGAGCGGGAUGGAGUGGACGAUCGUACGGUACCAGGUUGACCUCGCUUGCCCGCUGUUCGCAGACGUAGUCCAAGAAGCUGGCAAUGCUUCGAACGACACGCGCCGGAAGACCACUGCUGUUCAGUCCCUUCUCAUGAUCCACCAGAUGGCGCAGUCGAACGUCGAUGUCCACGGUGAUCCAUGCUGGGAUGCCAUCGAGACGGACGUCGUGCGCUCGCAGAAGGUCGAGGCUGGCAACGCCACGGGGAUGUGCGCAUACGUGCGCCAGUGGUCAGGCGGUGAGAACCCAAUACUCCUCCAUGAUAUGCGGGAGUUCGCUGGCCAGCUGAGGACUCGCAGGGACGUUGAUGGCAAGACGUGGACGUUGCUGGCAUCUCUGUCGCUGACGUCAUGUCCCUUCUACGUGAACGCGCUGGCCAAGACUGCCAUGGCGGCCCCAGAGAACUACUGCACCGUCGCUUCGGCCAACGCGGACUUCGUCAAGGCCAGGGCGUUCUUGGACACCGUCAAGGGCCUGACACCUUCGCAAAAGGCGAAGCUCGUCGGCGACGCGGAGGUGCGAACUUGCAUGGUGAUCCACGGUAAGAAGAACAAGGGGAAGGUCCAGUACAAGACAGCGCAGGAGGUCUGCAGCACCUUCCUCGGCGACGUCCACGCACUUGCCCCGUGUGCUCGGUCUCUUCAGGCUCCGUGGUCUUACGUCGAGCCGACGCGCAAGCCAGGAUCAGGAGAUGGCGAGAAGCGCAGUGGCAUCCGAGAGUUUCAGGGAGCAGCAGCUGUCUUGUCGGCAGCGUCGCUGCACGAGAUGGGGUAUGUGGUCGGUGCCCUCCUCGAGAGAGCCGCUGGUGACGAUGGCAACGCGUACGCCGUCAAGGGCAUCGGCGGCGACUCGGUCGAGGUGGAGUUGAUCGCGGGCCAGAAGAAGUCCAUGCUGAAGCUCCCCCUGGGUCAGCUCGCCGACGAGUUCAAGGUUGCCAAGAAGUCGGUGGACCUCACGGUGGGCGUCGGCGGCUCCGACGGCUUCCAGAUCCAGGAGCUCUCCGAGUGCAAGGUUGAGCUCGCCAAGGCCCUGCUGCGCUGUGCCGUGCAUCACGCUUACUCUGAGCAUGAAUCGAACGUUCAGGUGUCUGUCACAUAUUCCUUGAAGCCUAAGUUGAGUGUGAAAUCGAUCACCGCUGGUAGGAAAUACGAAAAAGGAAAGUUGUGUCUAGUGCCGUUUUCGCCCAGUGUGAUCGUCACUAGCAAGCCCCAGCAAUCAGCGUUGCCAGUUGAUUUGUCUAAAUUGCUUGAGGGCACGUCUCAGUCUGCUUACCUCGGCCCGAAGGUCGAUCUCCCGCCAGCCGAUAAGCUUGACCAGCACACGUGUUUAAUUCCCUAUUGGCUUGUGCCGACCGCCACAGACAGUGAUUCGCCAAACAUGAAGAUGGAUGCCAUCAAAAUUUCGGUGUCUGCGCGAACUGGCAUGACUGGUGGCACCGACGUCGUGAUAGAACUCCCAGUGUUGACAAACACUAAGGUCAUCUCGAAGGGUUGCCCGCUGCUCCGUCCAGGCGCUAAGGCUGGCCCUGCCCCCAAGCGGUCGAAGGGCGCUUAG